AUGUCUGGGAGCAAGUCGUUGGGGCCGCUGAGAUGGCUCACGCGUGGACUUGCUAGCAACUUUGCUCCAGCAAUUCAGUGUGUACCUAAGCAUAUAUCACGGUCAAUGACUACGGAAACGGAACUUGCAGUCGUUUCUCCUUUGACUGCGUUCGCAAGUGCGCAUGUUGCCGGGCAAACCUCGAACUCCGAUGACAUACCGAAGCCAGUGUGGAAUCCCCCGCCAGCACUUGCGACUCUCUACGACUUUCCGACUAUGGAACCCCUCAGAUUUCUCAAAUACAGCUCUCAGCAUCUUCUACUACCUUUACGUCGGGACAUAUUACACCGUGCGAUUGUCUAUGAGGGUGACAAGACCCGACAAGGUACCGCUAGUACAAAGUGGAGAGACGAUGUUCAUGGCAGUCGAAGGAAGAUUCGCCCUCAGAAAGGGACUGGAAGAGCUCGACUUGGAGAUAAAAAAUCGCCAAUGCUGAGAGGUGGUGGUGUUGCCCAUGGGCCCCAUCCUCGAGACUUCUCUACGAAGCUACCAAAGAAAAUUUACGAUCUGGCAUGGAGGACAGCUUUGAGCUACCGGUAUCAACGGGGGCAGCUGAUUAUCGUGAACGAUAACAUUACCUUCCCGCGCGAUGUUAGCCCAUACUGGCUGGAGGACGUUUUCGAGAAAAACCAGUGGGGGAAGAGUUUUGGACGUUCGUUGCUGAUUACUGAGGUCAAGAAGGAACGGUUGUUCAUGGGGGUGAAAGAAAUUAGCCGACAUGGGCGAGUACUGGAUCGAGAGGAUGUGGAUGUGAAGGAUCUGCUCGAAACGGCCCGGUUAAUCGUGGAGAAGCAGGCCCUUGAUCGGAUGCUAUUCUGGCAUUCUAGUGACCUUAAGUCGAAGCCUGCACGGGCUUAA